UAGACUGUAGACCCUGCUGCGCGCAUCUCUGCUGCGUACGACGGAAACGGUUUUUAUGGUUUUUAAAGUGUAGAGUAUAGGUGAAAACCUGACAAAUAAGACACACGGACACUAUGAACACAUGGUCCUGAGGUUACAUGUAAUAUUCAUCAGCGGUGUUACAUGACCUGACUCUCAUCAAAGUUACAUGUGUCAGUCUAGACGGGAGAAACAAAACUCAGCGUUGGAGGUUAUUUCAGUGUUCUCUUUCACACAGAGCCUGAACCGGACAGGCAGCUCAUUAUUUACAUUAGACAGCUCCAUGGUGAUGUUGUCUGUGUACACACGCGCGCGCGCACACAGUUCACGUUCAACAGGUGUUCUCUGGAGGAAGUCUCCUGGUCGCGCGGACAGUUUCUGGUAAUUCACUGUACACUCGAUAUAGAGCCGAUGUGACGCAGAGCUGCCGCUGUUUGUGAAGCGUUCAGACAAGGUGUGGCGUUGUGCUGUGGCCUGCAGGUGCGCAGCGGGGGACACGCGACACAGCUCCCACGGCACCUGCUCCUACUGACGGGACGACACCGGCGGACACUCACAGGAAAAUGAACUGGGGAUUUUUGGAGAACAUCCUCAGUGGGGUGAACAAAUACUCUACCGUGAUCGGGCGCAUCUGGCUGUCUGUGGUCUUCCUCUUCAGGAUCUUGGUGUAUGUGGCGGCAGCCGAGCAGGUGCGCCUCUGGGCUCUGCAGCUAAUCAUGGUGUCCACCCCGUCCCUGCUGGUGGCCCUGCAUGUGGCCUACAGGGAGCACCGAGAGGCCAAACACAAGCAGAAACUUUACAAGGACAAAGGCAGCAUUGAUGGAGGUCUGUUCUGCACCUACACCAUCAGCCUGGUUUUCAAGACAUUCUUCGAGGUGGGCUCCCUACUUGCUUUCUACUUCCUGUAUAACGGCUUUGAAGUGCCCAUCCUGCUCCACUGCAGCCAGAGUCCCUGUCCAAACACGGUCAACUGUUACAUUGCCAAAGCCACAGAGAAGAAGAUCUUCCUCUACAUCAUGGGCUGCACCUCCAUUCUGUGUAUCGCUCUGAAUUUUGUGGAGCUCAUGUACAUUAUAUGGAAGCAGGUUUUGAAAUGUUUCAUCAGGAGGUACGCUCCUGUAGAAGACAAGAAUUUUAGCCACUGCCACUCACCUGUUUCUAACAAGUUUGUCUCCGCCGAGCUUAGAGUAAAUAGCACAGGCCAAUUUGCAUCCACAGCUGAAAACCAGCCAGUCCAGUCUGACACUGUCUGAGAGGUCAUGUUUCCAGCUCAAAGUGAAACCACAAGUGAAAGCCAGGUUUAGCUGAUGAAACAAAAUGGACAUUGCUCACUAGUGGUAGCUUUUAUAACUUGAGCUCUACAAAAAGAGGCAAAAGAUUCAACCGUAGCCUACAAUUGGGAAAAUUGAGAAAAGUCAUAUGAUUUACCACUGUAAAUACAUUUUAAUUAAAGAUAUUAAUGCGCAGUCAAAUCACUAAUUAAGUUAUGCAAUUUAACAUUAACUAACUCUAAAUAUAAGUACUCAGGAGUCAAGGAUUUCAGAAUCAGAAUUCCUUGAUUUAUCCCCGAAGGGAAAUUUAAAGAAUUCUUACUGGAAACAUUAAUUUUAUAUAACUCCAUUUCAGCUAUACAAGUUGUAACUCAAAUUUGACAUGUCUCCUUUUUGGUUAAUUUGACUUUUGAAAGCUUUUGUUCAAUGUCCUCUGAGGCUCUGGAGGAGCUUUGUCAAGACAGAGAUAACAACCCUGAUGAUGUCAAUGUGAUGUCAUCACUGCACAUUUUUAACACUACAUUUUUUGCAUUACCCUCCCUCCCUUUACUAGGCAUUGAGGGUCUAAUCAGAGCUGGAUUAUGAAUUAGAAGCCUGCAUCCUGUGGACUACAUUGGACUAACUUGGCUUCUGUUGCUUCAGUUCCAACCAUUCUUUUUAAAGGAUCUGUGCCCACUUUUAAGCCUUAACCGAAGUCUGACACUAAAUUGCUGUACUUCUUUAAAACAUAAACUUUAAAACCUUAAGUCUUUAUUUUAAACAAAUGAUUUGUAAUGCACCUUUUCAUCGCAUGCAAAAAAAAUUGCACAGGUAAAAUAAAUUUGCAAGGUUGAGCAAAUACUCGGCUCAAGCAAGCACCUGAUACAGAUACAGUAUCAUCUGAAACAAUAUCUGUACUUCUGAUGAAUGAAAAUCCUCACUGGGUAGCUUACUGAAAUUUAUGAAACCUUUCUCUGUAAAUAGUUCUCUUACUCUUGUAAUCAAAAAUAUUGAAAAUAUCUGAAGCCUCAAUAGUUUUCUUAUAAAUAAUAAAUAAAUUAACCAUAAACAUAAUUUCAGGUAUAAAUGAACAAAUUCUGGUUAGUCCUGCUCAAUUCCUGUUUAAGCACCACCUGCUUCCAGUUUAGGCCACAUCCACUCCAAGUACAGCUGUAAAUAGAUUAGCUGGUUGAACAGAUGCACAUAAUGCUACAUGGUGGUGAAGUUAGCACUGUCGCCUCAUAGCAAGAGGGUUCCAGGUCCGAAUCCUGGUCUGGGCCUUUCUGUGUGGAGUUCUCCCUGUGCCUGGGCGGGUUUUCUCUGGGUACUCUGGCUUCCUCCCACAAUUCCAAAAACAUGAACAUUAGGUUAUUUGGCUACUCUACAUUGCCACUAGGAGUGAGUGCGUGAGAGUAUGGUCGCCUGUCUUGGUGUGUCAGCCCUGCGAUUGGCUGGCGACCAGUCCGGGGUGAACGCCGCCUCUCACCUGUAGUCAGCUGGGAUAGGCUUCAGCCCCCCUGCGACCCUGAUGGAUAAGUGGUAUAGAAAAUGGGUGGAUGGAUGGAUUCCUCCAGUUCUGGUUAACAAUGGCUCAAUUCCACCAAGUCUCACAGUAAGCCAUGAAAAUCAAGAAAUGUUUCUGCAAGUUGUUAAAAAUUAUGUAAAAAUGUAUUUUUUCCGAAGUUGGACAGAUAAUCACAUAAGUCCUGUGUUGUUUGUGUUGAUUGACAAAGGACAUUCUAAAAUCAUUAAAGUCAUUAUAUUGUUAAUGCA